GGUUGCCUGUGUCGCUAAAUUGCCUUUGGGGAUUGGGCUAGAAUCACAAACGAGGAAGCUGCUUCAUUCAAAAUGUCAUUUGUGAAAAAACUUGGUUAAAAAAUAAUUAAAAAAUGCGAUCGGUGUCUUUCGUGGAGCAUUUGCAGCUGGAAUUCGAGGGGACUCUUUUCAACGAAGCCCUAAUUCUUGAGGAUGUUGACAACGAUGGGGAAAAUGAACUUGUUUUAGGGAACCUGGAGGGAGAACUGCUUGUGUUCAAGGGAAGACAGCACAAGCCAUGGAAGAAGUAUCAACACAGAGGAAUGAUAACUUGUAUUGCUGUUGGUGAUCUGUGGAACACGGGGAAGAAUUUACUUCUUACUAUUACAGCUGAUGGCUGGUAUCACGUAUUUGAUUUUAACGAACAGCCAAAAGACAGUGGUGAGUUAGAGCUGACCUUCUCUCAGGCUCUUAAUUCUAAUGCGAAGACAGCCAUUAUCGCAGAUAUUGAUGGUGAUGGAGUUUGUGAACUUGUGUCAGGACACACAGAUAGAGUUGUUUAUGUUUAUAAAUGGCAGAAAUUUGAAGAAAAAGUCCCUGUUACUGAAAAGACCUCACAGCAAGAGCAUGAGGGAACAGUCUCAUCAGACAGCAAGGGUAAGACUUCAGCUAGUGGUAGAUCUAGGAAAGAGUCAAAGGUUGAAGAUACAAAGUGUCCUCCAGAUUCAAAACAGCCAAGGAAGCCCUCAUUACUAUCAAUUAAUAAAGAUAGCAGCCAACAAGAGGAAAGAAGAAAGAAGAAAAUAGGACAGUUUGUGAUUUCAAACACAUGGACAUUGUCCAGCCAGAUCACGUCACUUGCACUGUACAGGUGUAAUGAUCAUAGGUAUCUCCUAGUGUCACAACCAGGUGGAAAUUUUGUGAGUUUAUUCACAUCUGAGAUAAAGACGGAGGGAAGUGACACACCCAAGUCUGCCACUAGUGAAAUGAGCUUUUUUGAUUUUCCUCUUCCAUUUGUGAGUGGAAACCAUCAUUCAGGCAUUGCAACAGCUAUGACGGUAAUAUCCAACAAGCACAGUAUAUGGCCCACCCCAAACAAACCCUCUAGUUUACUGGCUCUUGGGAUGUUGGAUGGAAACAUUUCACUUCUUGACCAAGAACAAAUUCUCUGGACUUUGACGCUGGAAAAAAAUCUACUUACUCUCUCAAAACUUGACGUAACGAGUGAUGGGUAUGAAGAAAUUAUUGCCUGUGCUUGGGAUGGCUCGACAUACAUUAUUGACUCAGAAAAAAACAUUGUUUGUUUCAAGUUCAAGGAGGAUGUGAAGGCUUUUAGUACGGGAUACUUUGGUAUGGAGUCUGGCAAAAAUGUGCCUUGCUUUGUUUAUGUCACGUUUUCAAAUACAGUGGUCAUAUAUUGGAAUAUUCAUCUGUCUCGAAUGACUCAUGCAAACCUUUUGACUGUGAUGGAGAACAAGGAAGAGUAUAAAAAAACUCUGAGGGAUCUGGGGCUUCUAGAUGAUGAUACUAUUGAUGAGAUUAAGUUCCAGGAAAUGUGUUCUAGAUGUCUGUACAGCAAUAGAACACCAACACUUGAUCAUAAUUGAUACAUUAUGUGACGUCAACAUUAGUCAAUAAAAGAUCGAAUGGCAGGUGUAAAAAUGCAACUGGUGAAGGGCCUUUGUGAAAAUGGUUGGCAUAUAUUAUCAUUGCUUUUAGCAAACAUCCAUGAGCUCUUAAAACCAAGAUUUUAGGUUUCUAUUUUCCCAUCUUACAUCAUGUCAUCCCUUUAAGAAUAGGAUUCCUUGCUAGAUUUAAAAUCAUUCAUACAUUUACUGAUAUAUAUUUAACAAUUAUUCGCCAAAGGCGAAGUGAAUAUCGGGGAAUAUUUACCAAUACGCAAGUCUUUGAGUGGCGAGGUAAAUAUUCAACGAUAUUCACUGAGGCUGAGGCAAAUAAUUGUUUUAGUAUAAAUACACAGGCGGUGAUUCUUUCAAAAAAAGAAAAAAAAUAAGAUAAAAGACAUUUUUCCCCGGUAACAGCAACGAAGCAGCUGGCCGCCGUUUUGGGUUAUCGCUGGAGGUGAUUAUUAUGUGAUAGUGUGAGUUUCUCAACCAGUCAGCGCGCAAGAUUUUCAAUAAUCACCUGUGUAUUUUUACUAAUUUUAUAUAUUGUGAGAACACAUUGAGUCCAAUUACCUCGACUAGCAAUCUAGGGUCUUAGCAGGAUAUGAUCAUAGGACUCUUACUGGAAGGCAAACAAUUUGGACAGUCUUCCUAUGUUUAAAAGAACUUUUGUUGGAUUACCAAUCAAUGUCAUAAUAUCCCAAAACCUUUUUCAAGAUACUAUUUUCCCCUUAUGAAAUAUAGAGUACAAACACUAAAUGUGUGCAAUAGUUAUCACUAUUUAGCAGUAAAUAGCACUAAUUAAACAAAAGAAAACAAUAUAAUUAGCAAACACUAUUUGUGAUAUUUAUGUUGCACACUUUUAGUGAUUGUACUCUACUUAAUUCAAGAUAUAAAGCAAUUAUGUUGUCCAGCAAAGCCUUACCCUGAAUAGCGCAGCGCACUGAUUCUAAAAAUUGCUGAAAGAUUCGGACAAACAUUGCAUUCUGUUUAACUGCUACAAGGAUUAUAGGAACCGAUUUAAUUUAUUUUUACUUAAAGUUACAAUAAUAACCCAUGUAAACUAAGAUCAACUGCGCUCAGCUGCGAAAAUUAUCUGCUGAAAGUAAACUUGUAAGUUUGUUUGUCUGAAUUUCGCCUUUGUCUUCGUUUUAUGACGUCACGGUUGGGCUGCGCUAUUGAUUCCUUAUCAAAGUUAUAUAUUAGCAUGUGACUGUUUGAUGCAAAGGGCUCAUUGCAGCUAUUUUUGGUGGUCAUUCAUUAACAGGUGAAUUCAGGAAAGGUCUAUUGUCAAUGAAUAGUUAGAAUGGUUAAUUAUUGUUUUCAUAUUUCUUUUUAGAGUUUAUUAGUUUUUUAUUUGAUAAUUACUCUUAGAAAAUAAUGUAAAUAUUUAUCUAAUUUAUAAUUAACUGUUUUGAAGCUAAUUAAUAAUGUAUUGUAAGCUAUUCUAACUUAUGUAAAUUUACUUAUGGAAUAGCGUAAAUAAAAUAAACACAGUCAAAGCUUACAAUUGCAUACACAUCCAUUUUAAUCUUGAAAGGCGUAUUUCUAGGAAUUUCAGGUGGAGCUCAAGUUGGAGGUUUUUACGAUAAAAUGUUAUAUACUCCUGGGUGAAAUGGUCAUUUUGUUUUCCAAAUUUAGCUGUCUUGGAAAGAUAAGCUAAAAUAAUUAAAAUUGUGUGUGCUCACA